AAAAAUGGAGGAAAAUGAAGCAGAUAAUGGAGUUCCAUUUUCAUGCUUUACCAAAACUAGUCCCAAAAUGGCAAACUCCACUCUCUCACACUCUGAGCAUUAACUCCUUGAGUCUUCCUUUGCAGCAACCUAGGGUUUCUAUUCGCUUCAUCGCUUAUGCUUCGUGCUACUCCCUGCCUUCUUCAAUGUAAAUUUUAGGUAGAAGCAUAAGAGCACUGCAGCUAUUUUCGCGUAAAUGGAAAGUUUCGUUGGAGCUGGGCUUUCACCUGGAGGUUGCAUUGUGAGGAAGAAGAGGAGUGUUGUAGCACAAAAACCUCGCUUAGAUCCCCCCAUAUUUUCACAGAGCUCUAAUAUUUUUCCACCCUUUGGAAACAUUGAUAAGGAUCAGAAUAAUAAGGAGAAAGUAGUUCUUUUUGAUGGAUUGGGAAGGGGGAACAAGCUGAAGAAGUUAAGGCUUAAGCUUGGAGGUGUUACCCAUACAAUCCACACCAAGUAUACAGAGGAUUUUGGCUGUGUUGGUGGCUCUUCCGUCGCUAAAUCUUCAAGCUCGAUCGAUGCCUUCACACCCCAACUGAAGCCCCUUCCUCAGGAUGAUGUAGGUGGAGGUCCCUUCUGUUCUGAUGGGGGAAAUGGCUUUAGAGUUAAACGAAAAGACCACUUGAAAGUUGAUUCUAGUUCUAGAAAGGAGUAUUCUUCAAAAGGAAAAAUCUUUAGGGAAAAUGCUCAAACGGAUAAUGAACCAGUUCGUAAGAGCAAGCGGGUUCCUAAGCGAUGUGUCUUAGAUGCGGAUGAAGAUGAUGAUGAAUAUGAGGAAAUCCGGUUCCUUGGAAGACUAAGUGCUUCUAAGGUUGCUCGUUCAGAGAGAAUUCAAAUGGAUGAUGACUUUCAUGGAGAUGCUAAUGGAGAAUAUAAAUCAUCAAGAUUGGGAAAAGAUAGGAGAAACAAGUCAAGAUCAGAGAAAAAGUACAAGGACAAAGACUAUUUGGAAGAAGAGGAACAACUAGCAUCUGCUGAUGAGCCUGAACCAAAUGGGAAGAAGCUGAAAAAGGGAUCUCUUUGUUUUCCUCUAGAAGGGUGGAAAGAAUCACCCCCCACUACACGUAACCGUGCCCUCCAGUCGGGAAAAGAUAUUUUAAAUGGUUCUGGUUCAGGUUUUCAUGAACUUGCAACUGAUUUGCUUCCUGCCCCAUCUAAAAGAAAGGAGAAAGUCUCUGAAGUGGAACGACAAUUAAAGAAAGCUGAGGCUACACAGAGACGUAAAGUACAGUCAGAGAAGGCAGCUAGGGAAGCUGAGGCUGAGGCAAUCAGAAAGAUACUUGGUCAAGAUUCAAAGAAGAAGAAGAAGGAAGAAAAACUGAAGCGGCAGAGGGAUGAAUUGAUUCAGGGAAGGACUGGCAGUGCUGUCACACUGGCACCGAACACUGUCCGAUGGGUCAUCGGUCCUAACGGAACGAUCGUUACAUUUUCUGAUGAUAUUGGGCUGCCAGGUAUAUUCAGUCCAGUGCCCUGCAGCUAUCCUCCCCCACGUGAAAAAUGUGCGGGUCCAAAUUGCACGAAUGCAUACAAGUAUCGGGAUUCCAAGUCGAAGCUUCCUCUGUGCAGUCUUCAUUGUUACAGGGCAAUACAAGAAAUGAUGCAGCCUCUAAUUGCUUGCUGAUAUCAUCUCCCCCUGCACAUCAUUUUGAACCAAUUAAUAUGUUUGAUGUAGGCAGACGGAUAAUGGAAACUCAUCAUUUUGAAGUCAUGCUGGAAUGGCGCUAGAUCAUCCCCUUCAAAUUGUCAACUAACCACUAAUGUUUUGUUAGGAUAAGCAAAUUAUGCUGUUAAGUGCAAUUAAUUGGAAUAGUUAUAUGAAAAACGGAUGUGUUUCAAUGCUGCA